CGGACUGCUGCAGCUGAGUUACACGAACGGCGAUCGCGGCCACACAACGUAUACACGUUCGACCGCGAACCAUUCGGGCGGGUCUCUUUUGACUUCCUUCUUUCCAGUCCAUUCCAGUCAGUGCGUACCGCAGGCAAUAUUGUUUGGUAGUCGUGUCAGUCCGUCUUAAGAUGGUCGAUGGUUGCCUCGAUCGCCGCUGCUGGUAAAGUGUGUGAAAGGCGGCAACCGAAGUGUGUAUACGGCGGCUGCUGCUACGUGUACGUUGCCGUCAUUCGCUGUGUGUGCCGUGAACACCACCUGAGCCAGUUGGACAAGUCUUCUCUGUCCCUUUUUGGUGCAUGAAAGUGCGUGGUGUACCAGCACGCUUUUACUCAGAAGCCGGAAGUGGUGUCGUUUUGUGCAUUUCGAAAGAAAGAGUGUACACUGCAGUGACGUGAUACGAUCAACAGAAAAACAUGAUUAGAAAAUCGCCCACAACUGUGUAUGGUGGUGCGAAUCUUUAUCGAAAUCUCACCGCGCUUUCCACCAGCAACGGCACCCAGCAGAGGCGCGAGUGAAAGCAAACAACUAGAAGAGCUUGGCCGAGCCAUUUCACCGUGUGAAUUCCAGAGCCCCCUCCCGCCCCAUUUCCAAUUGAAUUAAGGCCCAGCGGGUCCAAAAUUUAUCACAUUAAACACAUCGAAGUAAGCGCAACUUUUCGUGCAUUUUUCGACGCGUUGCUGCCAUUUCUUCUAAAGCCCCCGUGUAGUAGGGCUCUGCUUGGCUGUGAAGUAAAAGGUGAUAAAAAUGGAAGGAAUGCGAUUUUGCUACGGAUCGGCGUCCGUCCGGUGGCGUGGAACAAUGAGGAUUCUGGCCAGCGUACUGCUGGUGGUGGUGGCGGUUUUAGAUAAUGCAGCAACUCAGAAACCGGAAGACGGUCCAUACCGGGGGAAAUACAUUGGCAAAUUUAACUCCUAUCACCAUCAAGCAUCGGGUGACGUAUACGCCGUUGAUGAAUACACAUUCCUGUUGACCGGCUUCAACUACGACGGCAAUGGAAUCGACACGUUCUUCUGGUCCGGCGCCAGCAAUCGACCCGGCCCGCAAGGUUUCAUCGUACCGGACGAGUAUGGAAAAACGAACAUACUUGAGCGAUACUUCAACAAGGACUUUACGCUACGUCUUCCCGACAACAAGAAGAUCACGGAAGUGAAAUGGCUAGCCGUGUACGAUCUAAACUCGCAGAACAACUUCGCCGACGUGUACAUCCCGGAGGAUUUUGAGCCGCCCGUACCGCAAAAAGCGGGCAGCUUGACCGCGAUAGCUGGUGGACCGAUGGUAUCGAGCGACACGAUCGACAUCCUCGACUCAAAAACGAUCCGCAUCACCGACUUCAGCUACGAUGGUAAGGCAGGCGGCCAGGGGGCGGUACAUUUCUGGGUCGGCGUCGGUCCAUCACCCUCGUCCAAAGGCAGCAAAGUACCGGAUGAGAUGGGCUACCUGGAUCCCAUCCGUGCGUACGAUCGUGAAACGAUCACGCUGGAGCUACCGGGUGAUAUGACCAUCUUCGACAUCGAUUGGUUCAGCGUGUACGAUGUGGAAGCCCGACGGGACUACGGUUCGAUUCUCAUAUCAGACGAUCUGAACGUGCCGCCGUCGCUGGUGCGUGUUACGCCGCACACGGAGUCGUUGCCAAACUGCCGCCAGCUGCACAAAGAUUACCGCGUCUCGUGGGAAGUGUUUGGGCCGCAGAUAACGAUCCAGCUGGCGGGCAACGUGCAGCAGGACGAGUACAUGUCGUUCGGGCUGUCCGGCUCGGACAGCCGUAGCCAAAUGCUUGGGGCCGAUGUGGUCGUGGCCUUCAUCGAUGGGCAUCGUGGAUAUGCCGUGGAUUACAACAUCACCUCGCUCGCACCGUGCGUGCAGGUGCUCGGCCAAAACAAGGGCGUUUGUCGGGACGAUGUGGUCGGCGGAUUGGACAGCUACCAGCUGCACACGUACAGCCGGGAGAACGACAUCAACACGAUUACCUUCCGCCGCACACUGAUUUCUUCCGACUCGGGCGACAAAGAGUUCUUGCUGGACCGUCCGAUGUACGUGAUAUGGGCGAUGGGUCGUCUAGAUUCGAACAACGAACCGACCUACCAUGACGUCUACCCCAAGCGCAAUGUGCAGAUCCACUUCAACACCUCCGAGCCGGUCAACGAUUGUUUCAGUUUCACCAGCCGCGAAGCAAACCUGAAGGAUGUGUGGGAACGACAGCAGAUCUUUGACCGUUCCGUGCGUGCGUUUACAGCCACGCUCGGGCCGGCCGGUGGAAAGCGGGGCUACCAGGGCAUUACUGGGCACGUUUCGAACGGACUGGCCUGGUACAUCAAUGGGUUCCUCGUGCCGGAACUGUGGCUCCGCCGUGGCCUUACCUACUCGUUCCUCGUGCGCGGUGGAAACAAUCCGCACUCGUCCGAGUUCUACCAUCCGCUCGUCAUCACGGACGAACCGCACGGUGGAUACGAUCGGCUUUCCGACGCACGGCAGAGCGAAAUUCGCGUGCUGGCCGGCGUUGAGUUUACGCGCCGCGGUCGGCCGAAACCGAUCGCCGCCGGACCACUGUGCCUGGCCCGUCACCCAGAAGGACAGGAUCGACGGUUGGAUGACAAUUUUGCAACUUUCAAAAAGUUCAACCGCACACUGAAAUGGACCUGUGAUUCCGGCGAUCCGGCAGUGUUGGAAAUAACGCCCAACACCAGCUGGCCGGACGUGGUGUACUACAACAGCUUCACCCACGCCAACAUGGGCUGGAAGAUACACAUCGUCGAUAGCUACAGUCAGUCGGCGCGUAGUCACGCUUCCGCUUACAGCAGCUUUAAUCACUCGAUUCGAUUACUUCUAAUUGCGAGUAGCUUCGUUGUGUGGACAUGGGCACUGAAAUAAAGUUAAACGAAAAUGCUCAA